UGGAGAGCUUGAUUUAGCUCUACCAGACGUCUAGCUAAACGUGUUUCACGUUAUUCGACCCCUUAACUCGCCUGUCCUCCACAUGUUUCAAAUGUUCCCCACCAGCCGUGGCGUCGACACGGACAGAGUCGUUUUGUAGCUGCGGGCUCGGUCGUACCGUGGUUAUUUGUAUGGCUGGAGUAUGCUGCAAGUGUCCAGUCUCUCUGUCCGUGUUCAAGCGCUCUCUCUCGGUAACGCCGCGCGGCUGCGGGACGCCUCGGUGCCUUCUACCGAGCUGGAGGCUGGGGGAGCGGGGCCUGCAGGAGGCUGCCCGUCCAUGCAGUGCCCUCAGACCCGCAGGCUUUUACCGACAAACGACGUUCUUUUGUCUCUUUUGCCAGGAGUCCAUGAGUUUGAGUCUGCGGACCUGCUAUCUGUACCUGAACCAAACCAGCCGGAGUUUUGCAGCUGUGAUACAAGCGUUGGACGGGGAGUUAAGGCAUGCAGUUUGUAUUUUCUACCUGGUGCUGCGAGCGCUGGACACAGUCGAGGACGACAUGACUAUCCCUCUGGACAAGAAGGUCCCCAUGCUGAAUGAUUUCCACACCUACCUGUACCAGGAUGGGUGGUGCUUCACAGAGAGCCAGGAGAAAGACCGACAGGUUCUGUCGGAUUUCCCCACGAUAUCACUGGAAUUCAGAAACCUUGCUCAGCAGUACAGAGAUGUCAUCUCAGACAUCUGCCACCGGAUGGGAGCAGGAAUGGCUGACUUCUUGGAAAAGAAAGUGGGAUCCAUGAAGGAGUGGGACCUGUAUUGUCACUACGUGGCGGGUCUGGUGGGUAUCGGUCUGUCUCAGCUGUUCUCUGCGUCCCAGCUGGAGGACCCCGAGGUGGGGCGGGACACUGAGCUGGCCAACUCCAUGGGCCUGUUCCUCCAGAAGACUAACAUCAUCCGAGACUAUCUAGAGGACAUGCAAGAGGGACGUGCCUUCUGGCCACAAGAGGCUUGGAGUCAGUUUGCAGGUCGUCUGGAGGACUUGGCCCAGCCGGAGAAGCUGGAGUCGGCUCUCUCUUGUCUCAACCUGCUGGUCACCGAUGCUCUGCGACACGUCCCGGAUGUUAUUGCCUACCUGUCCCGCCUGCGCAACCAGAGUGUCUUCAAUUUCUGUGCCAUUCCACAGGUGAUGGCAAUAGCUACACUGUCGACAUGCUACAACAACCCCAUGGUGUUCCAGAGAGUGGUGAAGAUCAGAAAGGGACAAGCAGUCACACUCAUGAUGGAAGCCACCAACAUGAAUGCUGUGCAGACCAUCAUCGCCCAGUACAGCCAGGAGAUUUUACAGAAGGUCUCCCACACAGACCCGUCGCGGGACAAGACCCUGCACGUCUUGGCACUAAUCCGAGAGAAGUCCGCCCUGUCACAGUCUAGCCUAGCGUCCAGGACCCACCACCUGUCGCCCAUGUACCUGUCUGCUGCCAUGUUGCUUGCCGCUCUCAGCUGGCAGUACCUCAGCACCACUGCAGCACAGGCACAGGGCACCGGGGACAUGCAGGGACAGUGAACCCAUUUACCUCCACCUUACCCGGGGCCCACAGACUUGGAAAGCCCCUAUGCCCACUCUGGAGGUCCGCUUCUCCUCUGACCGAAGGAAUCUAAAACACUUCCUCCCACUUUGCCCUGUUUCUUAUCGCCGUCACAGGACCAUGGAUAUAUUUAGUCCAUGGAGGGGUAUAGCAGGCCGGACUGUGUUUGAUUGUGAUUUCUAGUAGUGCAUCCUGCAUCUGGAUACAUUAUUUACACACAGUGUUGUGUGGUUAUACUCACCAGCAUAAAUGGCUCAUUCAAACCAUUUAGGGUUUUGUUUGAUGUAGGGCGUUUUGUUUGAUGUUUAUGUUGAUUGUGUUCUUUUUUUUAUUAUUAUUUCAAGAUGGAAAAUGUAUUCCCCAAAAGUGAAAAAAUGCAGAGUACAUGAUACUACCAAUUUUAGGAUUUUGGAGAACAAAGUCCCCAAUCACCAUUUAAGUUUUUGUCUCAAAUCUUAGUCUUCAUAUUUUCCAUGUCAUUUUAAAGCUAUCUUCAUAUUCCACUUGGUUUGUUUCUACACCGGAAACACUCCAUUUCACACCAAUGAAAGUACUGUUACAGUGGACUUUAUAGUAAACGUGCUAUAUGUUAGCAUAGGUGAUGUGGACUGCAUCUAAUCACUGUAGAGCUUUAUUUCAACAAUUUGAUGUUUGUGUUCUUUCUGUUUCAACUCUAUAGGAAAAAAAAUAAAAGAACAGAGCAUUUCCAAGGUAGUCUUGACAUGGACAGUUUAAAUGAAUAAGGGAGAACAAAUAUAAUUUCCGGAAUUAAAUGCAAUUAAUUAAAUGCAAUUAAUAGCUUAAGUGUCCUUAACACAGCUUUGGGGAGUAGAAAGGCUAUAGCACAGAGUAACCUUGUACAGAACCAAAGGAGAGCUUCAAACAUUGCUAUGUAAUGUGACAUUUUGAUUUGUACAUAUUGAACAAAUAAAGAAGAGUAAGAAUCUAAA